GCAAGUACAUGGCCUGCUGCAUUUUGUACAGGGGGGACAUUUUCCUGAAAGAUGUCAACAUGGCUAUCAGCACCAUCAAGACCAAGCACUCAAUCCAGUUCAUAGAUUGGUGCCCAACUGGAUUUAAGGUGUGCAUCAACCACCAGCCCCCCACUGUUGUCCCUAGUGGAGACCUGGCCAACGUGCAACAGUCUAUGUUCCUGCUGAGCAACUCCACCACUAUUGCUGAGGCCUGGGCCCACCUGGACCAUAAGUUCAAUCUCAUGUAUGCAAAGCAAGCCUUUGUACACUGGCACGUAGUGGAAAGCAUGGAGGAAAGGGAGUUCUCUGAGGCCCAGGAGGACUUGGCAGCUCUGGAGAAAGAUUACAAAGAGGUGAGCAUGGAUUCUGUGAAGGAGGCCGAAGAAGGGGAAGAAUACAGAAUGGGAGAGUGUGGCUGGCAGGCAUUCCUCUCUUUCACUCUCUCAUGCCAUCCCUCAGCAUGGCUGGUUUCAAGUUGCUUACAAUUCAAGUUUCUGUAUUAA